GUGAGAGCCACAGGACACAUGCUGUCCUCCAGCACACCCACACACAGACACUGAGGAGUCCGAGGGAAAGAGAGAGAGAGAGAGGUGUAGCGAGGAGUGAGGUAACAAGGAGUGAAAGGUUGCGAGGGGAGGGAGAGAAAAAAAAUAGAGAGAGAGAGAGAAAACAGGAGGAUUUUCUGCUUUCUUCUGAGGAGCUGCAAAUAAGCAUCGAAGAAGGAUGGCAGAAGGAGGAGAUGGAGAAGAGGAGAUCCAGUUUCUGCGCACGGAUGACCAGAUAGUGCUGCAGUGCACUGCGACUGUUCUGAAGGAGCAGAUCAAACUAUGCCUCUCCUGCGAGGGCUUUGGGAAUCGUCUCUGCUUCCUGGAAACCACUUCCAACGCCCAGAAUGUGCCCCCAGACCUGGCCAUCUGUGCCUUCAUCCUGGAGCAGUCUCUGUCAGUGCGUGCCCUGCAGGAAAUGUUGGCCAACACCGUGGAGAUGAACGAGGCAGUCGAUUUGGACAAAUGGUCGUCCCAGGGUGGGAGGCCAUCGUACCUGCUGUAUGGCCACGCCAUCCUCCUCAGACACUACCACUCCAGCAUGUAUCUGAGCUGUCUGACCACAUCGCGCUCACUCACCGACAAGCUGGCCUUUGACGUGGGCUUACAGGAAGACUCCAUAGGUGAGGCGUGCUGGUGGACCAUCCACCCAGCAUCCAAGCAGAGGUCAGAGGGUGAGAAGGUCAGGGUAGGAGAUGACCUCAUCCUGGUCAGUGUGUCGUCUGAGAGAUACCUGCACCUGUCGUACGCCAGUGGAGAUCUGAUGGUGGACGCCUCCUUCAUGCAGACUCUGUGGAACAUGAACCCAGUGUGCUCUGGGUGCGAGCUGGCCGAGGGGUUUCUGACCGGAGGUCAUGUUCUCAGGCUGUUCCAUGGACACAUGGACGAGUGCCUCGCCAUCUCCAUGGCGGAGGAAGGAGAAGAGAACCGCAGGAUGGCCCACUAUGAAGGUGGUGCAGUGUGCAGCCAGGCCCGCUCCCUCUGGAGGCUGGAGCCACUGAGAAUCAGCUGGAGCGGCAGCCACAUGAAGUGGGGCCAGUCGUUUCGAGUGCGCCACAUCACCACGGGCCGCUACCUGUGCCUGGACGAGGAUAAGGGCCUCAUGGUGGUGGACCCCGAGAAGGCCAACACCAAACUCUCCGCCUUCUGUUUCCGAGUGACAAAGGAGAAGGUGGAGGGGACUAAGAAGCGUGAUGUGGAGGGGAUGGGCAUCCCUGAGAUCAAGUACGGGGAGUCCAUGUGCUUCGUCCAGCAUGUCUCCACGGGGCUGUGGCUCACCUACGCCUCCCUGGACGCCAAGGCGGCUCGGCUGGGCUUCAUGAAGAGGAGGGGCAUACUGCACCAGGAGGGCCACAUGGACGACGCCCUGUCCCUGACCCGCUGCCAGAUCGAGGAGUCCCAGGCAGCUCGUAUGAUCUACAGCACCCUGGGCCUCUUCACCCAGUUCAUCAAGGGUCUGGACUCUCUGAGUGGGAAGAACAAGGCCCCGGGGCCCGUGGCCCUGCCCCUGGACUCGGUGGUCCUCUCCCUGCAGGACCUUAUCUUCUACUUCCGCCCUCCGGAGGAGGAGCUGGAGCACGAGGAGAAGCAGACCAAGCUGCGCUCCCUCCGCAACCGUCAGAACCUCUUCCAAGAGGAGGGUAUGAUCACCAUCGUGCUGGAGUGCAUUGACCGUCUGAACGUGUACAACACUGCCGCCCACUUCUCUGAGUUUGCUGGGGAGGAGGCGGCAGAGUCCUGGAAGGAGAUCGUCAACCUUCUCUACGAGCUGCUGGCCUCUCUCAUCAGAGGGAACCGCUCGAACUGUGCCUUGUUCUGUGACAACCUUGACUGGCUGGUCAGCAAACUGGACAGGCUGGAGGCCUCCUCUGGCAUCCUGGAGGUUCUGUACUGCGUUCUGAUUGAGAGUCCAGAGGUUCUGAACAUCAUCCAGGAGAACCAUAUCAAAUCCAUCAUCUCGCUCCUGGACAAACACGGACGCAACCAUAAGGUGUUGGACGUCUUGCGCUCUCUCUGUGUGUGACAGAACCUCAUCACAGAGAACCUACUUCCUGGCAGAGACCUCCUGCUACAGACUAACAUUGUCAACUAUGUAACCAGCGUGAGACCCAACAUCUUCCUGGGGACUUGCGAGGGUUCCACGCAGUACAAGAAGUGGUACUUUGAGAUGAUGGUGGACCACGUGGAGCCCUUCGUGACGGCCCAGGCCACUCACCUCCGCGUGGGCUGGGCCCUGACCGAGGGCUACAGCCCCUACCCUGGAGGUGGGGAGGGCUGGGGAGGCAACGGUGUAGGAGAUGACCUCUACUCCUACGGCUUCGACGGCCAGCACCUGUGGUCGGGACACGUCCCCCGCCAGGUGGCCUCGCCCAAUCAGCACGCCCUGGCCGCUGAUGACGUCAUCAGCUGCUGCCUGGAUCUGAGCGUGCCCAGUAUCUCCUUCCGUAUCAACGGACACCCGGUGCAGGGCAUGUUUGAGAACUUCAACGUGGACGGCCUGUUCUUCCCCGUCAUCAGCUUUUCGGCCGGAGUCAAAGCUCGCUUCCUGCUGGGCGGUCGUCAUGGAGACUUCAAGUUCCUGCCCCCCCCAGGCUACGCCCCGUGCUACGAGGCACUGCUGCCCAAAGACAGGAUGCGCAUCGAGCCCAUCAAGGAGUACAAGCACGACUUUGACGGCAUUCGCAACCUGCUGGGCCCCACCCAGUCUCUCACACACACCUCCUUCACCCCCUGCCCCGUGGACACCAUCCAGAUCGUCCUGCCUCCACACCUGGAGCGGAUCCGUGAGAAGCUGGCGGAGAACAUCCACGAGCUGUGGGCCGUCACCCGCAUCGAGCAGGGCUGGACCUACGGCGUAUUCAGAGAUGACAACAAGAAGCUCCACCCCUGCCUGGUGGACUUCCAUAACCUCCCAGAACCUGAGAGGAACUACAACCUGCAGAUGUCUGCGGAGACACUGAAGACUCUGCUAGCCCUAGGGUGCCAUGUGGGGAUGGGAGAUGAGAAGGCAGAGGAGAACCUGAAGAAGAUCAAGCUGCCCAAGACCUAUGUGAUGACCAACGGGUUCAAGCCUGCCCCGCUGGACCUGAACCACGUCAAACUGACGCCCAACCAGAACCAGCUGGUCGAGAAGCUGGCAGAAAACGGGCACAAUGUGUGGGCAAGGGACCGGGUGCGACAGGGGUGGACCUACAGCAUUGUUCAGGACAUCAUGAAUAAGCGGAACCCUCGUUUGGUGCCUUACGUCCUGCUGGACGAGAAAACCAAGAAGACCAAUCGAGACAGCGUCAACAACGCAGUGCGCACUCUGAUUGGCUACGGGUACAACAUCGAGCCUCCAGACCAGGAGAUCAGCGGCCAUGGAGACGACAACACCAGGGGGGACAAGGUGCGCAUCUUCAGGGCGGAGAAGUCGUACGCCGUGACCCAGGGGAAGUGGUACUUUGAGUUUGAGGCGGUGACCACGGGGGAGAUGAGGGUGGGCUGGGCCAGGCCCAACGUCCGGGCCGACACGGAGCUGGGAGCGGACGAGCUCGCCUACGUCUUCAACGGCAACAAGGCUCAGCGCUGGCAUGUGGGCAACGAGCCGUUUGGCCGUCAGUGGUUGUCGGGUGACGUGGUUGGCUGCAUGAUAGACCUGACUGAGCAGAACAUCAUGUUCACCCUGAACGGGGAGAUGUUGAUCAGUGACUCAGGCUCAGACAUGGCCUUCAAGGACAUCGAGAUCGAAGAGGGCUUCAUCCCUGUGUGUACGCUGGGCUUGUCUCAGGUGGGAAGGAUCAACCUGGGCCAGAACGUCAGCAGCCUGCGCUACUUCGCCAUCUGUGGACUGCAGGAGGGCUUUGAACCCUUCGCCAUCAACAUGAAGAGGGACAUCACCAUGUGGUUCAGCAAGAGCCUUCCCCAGUUCAUCCCUGUGCCCACAAACCACCACCACAUCGAGGUGUCCCGUGUGGACGGGACAGUGGACAGCGCCCCCUGUCUGAAGCUCACGCACAAGACCUAUGGCUCCCAGAAUGCCAACACCGACAUGCUGUUCCUCCGACUGAGCAUGCCCGUCGAGUUCCACGAGACGUUCAAAAUCACGGCGGGCGCCACGCCCCUUACCCGCGCCCUCACCAUCCCCGAGGAUGAGGUCCUGGAGGUGGAGCCCGACUCGGAGUUCGAGGUGCUGAAGAAGUCCGCCAGCCGGAAGGAGCAGGAGGAGAAGGAGCCUUCGGUGGCCAAAGAGGUGGCGGGAAGCUCGGAGACCGAGAAGGACAACGUCUCGGAGAAGGGGAAGAAGAAAGGGUUGUUCUCCAGGGCUAAGAAGGCAGCCAUGUCCACGCAAACCCCCGCCCCGCCGGCCGUGCCUCGCCUGGUAGAGGACGUCGUCCCUGACGAUCGGGACGACCCCGAAAUCAUCCUCAACACCACCACGUAUUACUACUCAGUGAGGAUCUUUGCUGGCCAGGAGCCUAGUGGUGUGUGGAUCGGCUGGGUGACACCCGACUAUCACCAGUACGACCCCGGCUUUGAUCUCUCCAAAGUGCGUAACGUCACCGUUACCGUGGGCGAUGACCAAGGCAACAUCCAUGACAGCAUGAAGCAUAGUAACUGCUACAUGGUUUGGGGCGGAGACAUUGGCAACAGCUCCCAGCAGGCACGCUUUAAUCAGGAGGACCUCGUGGUUGGCUGUCUGGUCGACCUAGCAACUGGUCUCAUGACAUUCACAGCCAAUGGGAAGGAGAUCAAUGCUUUUUACCAGGUGGAGCCCAACACCAAGCUGUUCCCCGCCGUGUUCCUCCAGCCCACCAGUCAGAACCUGAUGCAGCUGGAGUUGGGGAAGCUGAAGAACAUCAUGCCCAUCUCGGCGGCCAUGUUCCGCAGCGAGCGUAAGAACCCGGUUCCCCAGUGCCCGCCGCGCCUGGACGUCCAGAUGCUGACCCCGGUGAUUUGGAGCCGCAUGCCCAACCACUUCCUGAACCCGGAGGUGGGCAGGGUGAGCGAGAGGCUGGGCUGGAUGGUGGAGUGCAUCGAGCCCCUCAUCAUGAUGGCUCUGCACAUCCCUGAGGAGAACAGGUGUAUAGACAUCCUGGAGCUGUCGGAGCAGAAGGACCUGAUGAAGUUCCACUUCCACACCCUCAUGCUGUACUGUGCCGUGUGCGCGCUGGGGAACAACCGCGUGGCCCACGCCCUCUGCAGCCAUGUGGACGAAUCCCAGCUCUUCUACGCCAUCGAGAACACCUACCUGCCCGGGCCCCUCCGCGGCGGCUACUACGACCUGCUCAUCAGCAUCCACCUGGAGUCUGCCAAGCGGGCUCGCCUGGGCACCAACAGGGAGUUCAUAGUGCCCAUGACAACGGAGACCCUCAGUAUCACCCUGUACCCCGACGCAGAGAAGGCCCACGCCCUUCCCGGGGUGGGCCUCACUACCUGCCUACGGCCCAAACUUCACUUCUCCCCCAUCAACUUUGUGGGCACGGACCUGGAUCUCUACACUCUUAGCCCCAUCUUCCCCCUGCAGGAGCUGAAAACCCAAGCCAUCAGCAUGUUGACCGAGGCUGUGCUGGAUGGUAGUCAGGCCAUGCGGGACCCAGUAGGGGGCAGCGUCGAGUUCCACUUUGUCCCCAUCCUGAAGCUCAUCAGCACCCUGCUGAUCAUGGGCAUCUUCAACGAUGAAGACACCAUGCAUAUCCUGAAAAUGAUCGACCCCAACGUCUUCGGAGCCAAGAAAGAGGAGGGUGAGGGGGAAGAAGCCACAUCCAAAGAGGGGGGGGAGGAGGUGAAGGAGGAGGAGGAGGCAGAAGAGGAGGAGGAGGUUGAUCUUGAGGAUGAAGGGAUGGGAGAGGAGGAAGAGGAGGAGUUGAAAGACCUGGAGAAAGAGGAGGGUGAAGUGGAGGCCGAGCCUGAGGUAGGGGGAGAGGUAGAAGCCAAAGUGGAUGGAGAGAAGGCAGAGGAAGAGAAAGAAGGCGAGGCAGUUGAGGCAGAAGUGAAAGAAGAGGAGGAAGGCCUGGAAGAGGGAUUACUGCAGAUGACGAUGCCAGAGUCUGUCAAACUACAGAUGUGUACUCUGCUACAGUACUUCUGUGACUGUGAGCUGAGACACAGAGUGGAGGCGAUUGUUGCCUACUCCGACCAGUUUGUGUUCGCCAUCCAGAGCAACCAGCGCGAACGCUACAACGAACUCAUGAGGGCGUUCACCAUGAGUGCCGCAGAGACGGCGCGCAAGACGCGCGAGUUCCGCUCGCCGCCACAGGAACAGGUCAUCUUGCUGACCAACUUCAAGAACGGGCCUGAUGAGGAGGACUGUCCGGUCCCCGAGGAAGUCCGUGACACUCUGAUAGAGUUCCACAAUGACAUCUUGCUCCACUGUGGUGUGCACAUAGAGCACGAGGAGGCGGAGGAGGAGGUGGACACCUCCCUCAGGGGCCGACUCAUCAGCCUGGUGGACAAGGUCAAGAACCUCCGCCAGAAGAAUGAGAUGGAGGAGCCUGAGGAAGAGGAGGAGGUCAAACCUAGCACCCUCCAGGAGCUCAUCUCCCACACCAUGAUCCACUGGGCCCAGGAGGCCUUCAUCCAGAACCCGGAGCUGGUGCGGAUGAUGUUCAGCCUGCUCCACCGGCAGUAUGACGGGCUGGGGGAGCUGAUCAGAGCCCUGCCCAAGGCCUACAUCAUCAACGCUGUGUCGGUCCAGGACACCAUGGACCUACUGGAGUGUCUGGGUCAGAUCCGCUCGCUGCUCAUCGUCCAGAUGGGCCCGGAGGAAGAGAGGCUGAUGAUCCAGAGCAUCGGGAACAUCAUGAACAACAAGGUGUUCUACCAGCACCCUAACCUGAUGCGAGCUCUGGGCAUGCACGAGACCGUCAUGGAGGUGAUGGUCAAUGUGCUGGGCGGAGGUGGAGACUCCAAGGAGAUCAGGUUCCCCCAGAUGGUGACCAACUGCUGUCGUUUCCUCUGUUACUUCUGCCGCAUCAGCCGUCAGAACCAGCGCUCCAUGUUCGAUCAUCUCAGCUACCUGCUUCAGAACAGCGGCAUCGGCCUGGGCAUGCGUGGCUCCACCCCUUUGGAUGUUGCCGCAGCCUCGUGCAUCGACAACAACGAGCUGGCUCUGGCCCUGCAGGAACAGGAUCUGGAGAAGGUGGUGACGUACCUGGCCGGCUGUGGGCUCCGGAGCUGCCCCAUGCUGCUGUCCAAGGGGUACCCCGACAUCGGCUGGAACCCCUGUGGAGGAGAGAGAUACCUGGACUUCCUGCGUUUCGCUGUCUUCGUCAACGGAGAGAGUGUGGAGGAGAACGCCAACGUGGUGGUGCGCCUGCUCAUCCGGCGCCCCGAGUGUUUCGGCCCCGCCCUGCGAGGGGAGGGGGGCGCCGGCCUGCUGGCCGCCAUCGAGGAGGCCAUCAAGAUCUCCGAGGACCCGGCCAGGGACGGGCCCACGGUGAAGAAGGACAGGCGCUUUCCCAUGUUCGGUGGGGAGGAACAGCCGGAGGAGAAUCGUAUCCAUCUGGGCAACGCCAUCAUGUCCUUCUACUCCGCCCUCAUCGAUCUGCUGGGCAGAUGCGCUCCUGAAAUGCAUUUGAUCCAAGCGGGCAAGGGGGAGGCUCUGAGGAUCAGGGCCAUCCUGAGGUCUCUGGUGCCCAUAGAGGACCUGGUGGGAGUCAUCAGUCUCGCUGUCCAGAUCCCUGCCUUUGGCAAAGACGGACACACCAUCGAGCCUAAGAUGUCAGCCAGCUUCUGUCCGGACCACAAAGCUUCCAUGGUGCUGUUCCUGGACAGAGUGUACGGUAUCGAUAACCAGGACUUCCUGCUCCACGUGCUGGAGGUGGGCUUCCUGCCCGACAUGAGGGCCGCUGCUUCCCUGGACACGUUGGCGUUCAGCACCACUGAGAUGGCUCUGGCUCUGAACCGCUACCUGUGCUCCGCCGUGCUGCCUCUGCUCACCAAGUGCGCCCCUCUGUUUGCCGGCACGGACCACCGGGCCAUCAUGAUCGACUCCAUGCUGCACACCAUCUACCGGCUGUCCCGCGGCCGUGCCCUCACCAAGGCCCAGAGGGACGUCAUCGAGGAGUGCCUGAUGUCCCUCUGCAGGUACCUCCUACCCUCCAUGCUCCAGCACCUGCUCAGGAGGCUGGUGUUCGACGUGCCCAUCCUCAACGAGUACGCCAAGAUGCCCCUCAAGCUGUUGACAAAUCACUACGAGCGUUGUUGGAAGUACUACUGCCUCCCCAAUGGCUGGGCCAACUUCGGGGUGACUUCGGAGGAGGAGCUUCACCUCUCGCGCAAACUCUUCUGGGGCAUCUUCGAGUCUCUUGCACACAAGAAAUUCGAUGCCGAGCUGUUCAAGAUUGCCAUGCCCUGCAUCUGUGCCAUUGCUGGCGCUAUUCCACCUGACUAUGUAGACGCCAGCUUCUGUUCCAACACUGAGAAAAAGGCCUCGGUGGAUGCUGAAGGCAAUUUUGACCCCAAACCUGUGGAGACCACUAACACCAUCAUCCCAGAGAGACUGGACCCCUUCAUCAACAAAUUUGCAGAGCACACUCAUGACAAGUGGGCCUUUGAAAAGAUUCAGAGCAACUGGACCUACGGAGAAGUGCUGGAUGAAAAUGCCAAGACACACCCCAUGCUCCGCCCCUACAAGACCUUCUCUGAGAAGGACAAGGAGAUCUACCGCUGGCCUAUCAAGGAGUCCAUCAAGGCCAUGCUGGCUUGGGAGUGGACCCUGGAGAAGGCCAGGGAUGGAGAGGUAGAGGUGGUGAAGCCCACCACCUCCACCCGCAAGAUCUCCCAGACGGCUCAGGCUACAUAUGACCCCAGCCAUGGCUACAGUCCUCAGCCUGUGGACAUCUCUGCUAUGGCCCUCUCCAGGGAACUGCAGUCCAUGGCUGAACAGCUGGCUGAAAACUACCACAACACCUGGGGACGAAAGAAGAAGGUGGAACUCCAGGAUAAAGGGGGCGGCACCCACCCCUUGCUGGUGCCCUACGACACCUUGACGGCCAAGGAGAAGGCCAGGGACAGAGAGAAGGCCCAGGACCUGCUCAAGUUCCUGCAGAUGAAUGGCUUUGCUGUCACCAGGGGCCUGAAGGACAUGGAGCAAGACAUCUCCUCCAUCGAGAAGCGUUUUGCCUACGGCUUCCUCCAGAAGCUUCUCAAGUGGAUGGACAUCGCCCAGGAGUUCAUUGCCCAUCUCGAGGCUGUGGUUAGCAGUGGCAGGGUGGAAAAGUCCCCACACGAACAGGAGAUCAAGUUCUUUGCCAAAAUUCUGUUGCCGCUAGUGAACCAGUACUUCAAGAACCACUGCCUGUAUUUCCUGUCCACACCUGCUAAAAUCCUGGGCAGUGGAGGCAUCUCGUCCAACAAGGAGAAAGAAAUGAUAGCAAGUAUCUUCUGUAAGUUGGCAGCUCUGGUGAGACACAGAGUUUCUCUUUUUGGAACGGACGCUGGUGCAGUGGUCAACUGUCUGCACAUCCUGUCGCGGUCACUCGAUGCCAGGACGGUGAUGAAAUCAGGCCCUGAGAUUGUGAAGGCAGGGCUGCGCCAGUUCUUUGAGAGCGCUGCGGACGAUAUUGAGAAGAUGGUGGAGAACCUCAAACUAGGCAAGGUGUCCAGUCGGAACCAGGUGAAGGGCGUGUCCCAGAACAUCAACUACACCACCAUUGCGUUGCUCCCGGUGCUCACCUCCCUGUUCGACCACAUCGCCCAGCACCAGUUUGGAGAUGAUGUCAUCCUGGAUGACUUGCAGAUAUCAUGCUACCGCAUCAUGUGCAGUAUCUACUCUCUGGGCACUGUGAAGACUCCACAUGCAGAGAAACAGAGGCCAGCCCUGGGAGAGUGUCUGGCCCACCUGGCUGCGGCCAUGCCUGUGGCCUACCUGGAGCCUGCUCUCAACGAGUUCAACGCCUACUCUGUCUACACAACCAAGACCCCCCGGGAGAGAGCCAUUCUGGGCCUUCCUAACCAGGUGGAAGAGCUGUGCACAGACAUCCCAGAGCUGGAAGUUUUGAUGAAGGAGAUCGGGCACCUGGCAGAGUCUGGCGCCCGCUACACUGAGAUGCCCCACGUGAUCGAGAUCACCCUGCCCAUGCUGUGCAACUACCUGCCCCGCUGGUGGGAGAGGGGGCUGGAGAACUUCCCUGACCUGGAGGACCAGAUCUGCACAAACGUCACCUCUGAACAACUCAACCAGCUGCUGGGCAGCAUCAUGAAGAUCGUGGUCAACAACCUUGGCAUUGACGAGGCCUCCUGGAUGAAGAGACUGGCAGUGUUCGCCCAGCCCAUCGUGAGCAGGGCGAUGCCCGAGAUGCUCAAGUCCCACUUCAUCCCCACCAUGGAGAAGCUGAAGAAGCGGGCAGGGAAGGUGGUGGCCGAGGAGGACCACCUGCGCCUGGAGGGCAAGACGGAGGUGGACAGCGAGGAGGGCACCAUCAGGGACGAGUUUGCAGUGCUCUGCAGGGACCUGUACGCCCUCUACCCCCUCCUCAUCCGUUAUGUGGACAACAACAGGGCACGAUGGCUGACCUGUCCUGACCCUGAUGCAGAGGACCUCUUCAGGAUGGUCGGAGAGGUCUUCAUCUUCUGGUCCAAGUCACAUAACUUUAAGCGUGAGGAGCAGAACUUUGUGGUGAUGAACGAGAUCAACAACAUGUCCUUCCUCACUGCUGACAGUAAGAGCAAGAUGAGCAAGUCCGGAGAUGCAGAGGCUGGAGGCUCGGAUGUGGAGCGUACCAAGAAGAAGCGCAGGGGGGACCGCUACUCGGUGCAGACCUCCCUCAUCGUGGCGGCCUUGAAGAAGCUUCUGCCCAUUGGCCUGAACAUGUGCUCCCCCGCGGACCAGGAACUGAUCAACCUGGCUAAGAUCAGAUACUCUCUGAAAGACACGGACGAGGAGGUGAGGGAGUUCCUGCAGAACAACCUUCAUCUGCAGGGCAAGGUGGAGGACCCGUCCAUGCGCUGGCAGAUGGCCCUGUACAAGGAGACAUGUGGGAGGGCCGAGGACGCAGAAGACCCAGUGAAGGUGGUGAAGAGGGUCCAGGAAGUGUCAGCUGUCCUUUACCACAUAGAGGUGACAGAGCGUCCGUAUAAGUCGAAGAAGAUGGUGUGGCACAAGCUGCUGUCCAAACAGCGUCGCAGAGCAGUGGUGGCCUGCUUCAGAAUGAGUCCACUCUACAAUAUCCCUAGGCAUAGAGGAUCCAACAUGUUCCUGAACGGAUACAAGCGUAACUGGCUGGAGAACGAGGGCUACUCCUUUGAGGACAGGAUGAUUGACGACCUCUCUAAAGCCAUGGAGCAGGAAGAGGAGGAAGAGGAGGAGACGGAGACGAAGCCAGACCCUCUCCACCAGCUCAUCCUUCAUUUCAGCCGCACGGCUCUCACAGAGAAGAGUAAACUGGAUGUUGACCACCUGUAUAUGUCAUAUGCUGACAUUAUGGCAAAGAGCUGCCACAUGGGUGAGGAGGACGAAGGGGGAGAGGAGGAGGGGGAGCCAGCCUUUGAGGAGAAGGAGAUGGAGAAACAGAGGCUGCUGUACCAGCAGUCCCGUCUGCACAACAGAGGGGCGGCAGAGAUGGUGCUGCAGAUGAUCAGUGCCUGCAAAGGUGAGACGGGAGUCAUGGUUUCUUCCACUCUCAAGCUGGGGAUCUCCAUCCUCAAUGGGGGCAACAGUGACGUACAGCAGAGGAUGCUGGACUACCUGAAGGACAAGAAGGAUGUGGGCUUCUUCCUGAGCAUGCAGGCUCUGAUGCAGACCUGCAGUGUUCUGGACCUGAACGCCUUUGAAAGACAGAACAAGGCUGAGGGACUUGGCAUGGUUUCUGAAGAGGGAUCAAAUGAGAAGGUGAUGGCGGACGAUGAGUUCACCUGCGACCUGUUCCGCUUCCUCCAGCUGCUUUGUGAAGGCCACAACAACGACUUCCAGAACUAUCUUCGCACCCAGACCGGCAGCACCACCACCAUCAACAUCAUCAUCUGCACUGUGGACUACCUGCUGCGGCUGCAGGAGUCGAUCAGUGACUUCUACUGGUACUACUCUGGGAAGGACAUCAUUGAUGCUCCAGGCAAGAGGAACUUCUCCAAGGCCAUGACGGUGGCCAAGCAGGUCUUCAACAGCUUGACUGAGUACAUCCAGGGUCCAUGCACAGGGAACCAGCAGUCCCUGGCCCACAGCAGGUUGUGGGAUGCAGUGGUGGGCUUCCUGCAUGUCUUUGCUCAUAUGAUGAUGAAGCUGGCUCAGAUGCACCCCGACCCUGGACAACGAACUAGCGAUCAUUUUUGGAGUAGAACACACUCAGAGGACUCAAGUCAGAUCGGAUUGUUGAAGGAGCUGCUGGAUCUCCAGAAGGACAUGGUGGUCAUGCUGCUGUCUCUCCUCGAGGGCAACAUAGUGAACGGCACCAUCGCCAGGCAGAUGGUGGACAUGCUGGUGGAGUCCUCCAGCAACGUGGAGAUGAUCCUCAAGUUCUUCGACAUGUUCCUCAAGCUGAAGGACAUCGUGGCGUCGGACGCCUUCCGCGACUACGUGACGGACCCCCGCGGCCUCAUCUCCAAGAAGGACUUCUCCAAGGCCAUGGACAGCCAGAAGCAGUACUCCCCCACCGAGAUCCAGUUCCUGCUCUCCUGCUCCGAGGCCGACGAGAACGAGAUGAUCAACUUCGAGGAGUUCGCCGACCGCUUCCAGGAACCCGCCAAGGACAUCGGCUUCAACAUCGCCGUGCUGCUGACCAACCUGUCCGAGCACGUCCCCCACGACACUCGUCUGCAGAACUUCCUGGAGCAGGCCGAGUGCGUGCUCAUCUACUUCCGCCCCUUCCUGGGCCGCAUCGAGAUCAUGGGUGCCAGCCGGAGGAUCGAACGCAUCUACUUUGAGAUCAGCGAGGCCAACCGGAACCAGUGGGAGAUGCCCCAGGUCCGAGAGUCCAAACGCCAGUUCAUCUUCGACGUGGUCAACGACGGGGCCGAGAGCGAGAAGAUGGAGCUCUUUGUGAACUUCUGCGAGGACACCAUCUUUGAGAUGAACAUCGCCUCGCAGAUCUCCGAGCAAGAGGAAGGGACGGGGGAGGAGGAGGACGAGGAGGAGGAGGAGGAAGGCGGAGGGGGCGGCGGAGGGAGCGGCGGAGACGGCGGCGAUGGCGACGACGCCAACGGCGAGGAGGCGCCCCCGGAAUCCAGCUCGGCGUUCGCCGACUUCCUGAAGAGCGUGGUGAACUUCUUCAACAUGUUCACCUUCCGGAACUUGCGUCGCCGUUACCGCAAGCUGAGGAAGAUGACGCUGAAGGACAUGGUGGUGGGCCUGGUCACCUUUGUCUACACCAUCCUGAUGGGCAUCAUGAUCUUCAUCUACAGCGUGUGCAAGGGCUUCUUCGUGCUCAUCUGGAACACGCUGUUCGGAGGGGGCCUGGUGGAGGGAGCCAAGAAGAUCACGGUGACGGAGCUCCUGGCGGACAUGCCGGACCCCACGCAGGAUGAGGUUCACGGGGAUCUGCCACCCGAACCGGGGAUCCGAGAGAUCCAAGAGGCUGACGGAACCACGGAUCACCUGGACUCGGGCGGAGGCGAGGAAGAGGAGGAGGAUAGCGAGGAGAAGGAGGGAGGGCGAAUGCCCGGCUUCGACCACCCCGGUGGGCUAGGUGACUUCGGGGAGACUUCCACAGUGGAGCCCCCGACCCCGGAGGGUACCCCCCUGCUGAAAAGGAAACUGCUGGAAGCUGCCGCUGGAGAAAAUGGUGCGCGAGAGGGAGAAGGAGAGGCUGAGGUAGAACCUGAACCAGAGGAGGAGGUGCCUCCAGAGCCGGAGAAAGCAGACACCGAGAAUGGAGAGAAGGCAGAGAAGGAGCCAGAAGCAGAGGUCAAAGAGGAGGAACCUGAGGUGAAGGAGAAGGUGAAGCCCAAGACGAAGAAAGACAAGAAAUCGGAAGAGGGCUUUGAGCUCUGGAACGAGCUGGAGAUCCAGAGGAUCAAAUUCAUGAACUACCUGUCUCGUAACUUCUACAACCUUCGCUUCCUGGCUCUGUUCAUCGCCUUCGCUCUCAACUUCAUCCUGCUCUUCUACAAGGUGUCUGACAGCCCCAGAGGUGAGGAGGACUAUGAGGGCUCCUCCAUGUUUGAGGGGUCGGGCCUGUUUGAAGGAGGGUCUGGGGGCGGAGACGAUGACGGGGGUUCUGGAAUGGAGGAAGAGGGCGAGGAGGAGGAGGAGGAGGGCCCGGUCUACUUCUUCCUGGAGGAAAGAACAGGCUACAUGCAGCCCACCAUGUCCUUCCUGUCCAUCUUCCACACCGUCAUCGCCUUCCUCUGCAUCAUCGGCUACAACUGUCUCAAGGUGCCUCUCGUCAUCUUCAAGAGGGAGAAGGAGCUGGCGAGGAAGCUGGAGUUUGAUGGUCUGUAUGUGACGGAGCAGCCAGAGGAUGAUGACAUCAAGGGCCAGUGGGACCGACUGGUUCUCAACACCCCGUCAUUCCCCAACAAUUACUGGGACAAGUUUGUUAAAAGAAAGGUUUUGGAAAAGUAUGGCGACAUCUACGGCAGAGAGAGGAUCGCUGAGUUGCUGGGUAUGGACCUGGCCUCGCUGGACGUCAGCGCCAUGACUCACGAGAAGAAACACGAGCCUGACAGCUCCAUGUUCAGCUGGGUUACGUCCAUUGACAUCAAAUACCAGAUCUGGAAGUUUGGUGUUAUUUUCACAGACAAUACGUUCCUGUACCUGGUGUGGUACACGGUCAUGUCCGUCCUGGGACACUACAACAACUUCUUCUUUGCUGCUCACCUGCUGGACAUCGCCAUGGGCGUCAAAACCCUGCGCACCAUCCUGUCCUCUGUCACCCACAACGGCAAACAGUUGAUGAUGACAGUGGGUCUGCUGGCCGUGGUGGUCUACCUGUACACCGUGGUGGCUUUCAACUUCUUCCGCAAGUUCUACAACAUGAGCGAGGACGAGGACGAGCCGGACAUGAAGUGUGACGACAUGAUGACAUGUUACCUCUUCCACAUGUACGUUGGCGUGCGUGCCGGCGGGGGGAUAGGAGACGAGAUCGAGGACCCGGCCGGGGACGAGUACGAGCUGUACCGCGUGGUCUUUGACAUCACCUUCUUCUUUUUUGUCAUCGUCAUCCUGCUGGCCAUCAUCCAGGGUUUGAUCAUUGAUGCCUUUGGAGAGCUGAGAGACCAACAGGAGCAGGUCAGAGAGAACAUGGAGACUCAGUGCUUCAUCUGUGGAAUCGGAAGCGACUAUUUUGAUUCAACUCCGCACGGCUUUGAGACACACACCUUGGAGGAGCAUAACUUAGCCAACUACAUGUUCUUCCUGAUGUAUCUAAUCAACAAAGAUGAAACGGAACACACCGGACAGGAGUCGUACGUGUGGAAGAUGUACUCGGAGCGAUGUUGGGACUUCUUCCCGGCUGGAGACUGUUUCAGGAAGCAGUAUGAGGAUCAGCUGAGCUAGUGUCCUGCUCUGAGCUGUGUGUGUGGGGGGGAAGAGAGCUGAGAGACAGAGAGAGAGGAAGAGGUGGAUUUAAGAAAGUCUGUUUCUGUUGGGUGUAAACACUUGGGCUGUAGGCCAAACAUUUUCCUCUGAUCUCUCCUCCCGUGACAGCAUACACACUUUAAGCAGACACUAUUGUACUCCAGGAAACAGUAUUUGAAUUGAUUUGACCUUUGUGGGAAAACUUAUGAGAUAAUUGAGUUUUAGAGAGAGGAAGAAUCUUGAGGCAUUUUAAGGGUGUAAAUACACUUCCUGGUCUUUUUCUGUGUGAAAACAUUGCUUCUUUUGACGAACAUCCUGAGAGAACCUAGGCAUGGACUUGACUCCAAGUGCACACAAACACACCAGGCACACACAUAACACUUACAAUAUGCAGAAUACGAGCACACACACACACACACACACAACGCUGCCUUUUUCUGUCUCUGUUGCUGCACAUGUUAUAGUGCCUCCCGAAAAGAAACACGCUUUGCUUCACGAAAAGGUUUUAUAUAGUGAUGGUUUAGCAUCACCAUGCUUGUUAAAAUUAGUACUAGAAUGAAUACAGUUUAGCCUACUUACGCUAAUGCCUUUUUUGAGUUUUCUAUGUACUUACCUCUGUCAUGUUCGAAGUAAUAGUGCUGUCCUUUUUUUAGGCUUUUUAAGAAGUGCUUUAAAAUGUGGGUGGAUUCCCCUCCCUGCAGUGCCUCUUCUGUCCACUAGGGCGCAGUCACACUCAAGGCCUCUCUCUCUCUCUCUCUUUCUGGCUCUCUGACCAUGUUCCAGUGAUGGAACCAUUAUCGGAACCUUGCGUGUUCUUGCUUACACGACCUAAGGGACAGGUUCUAUGUCUUUCUACGAUCGGAUGUGGAUGAAAAUCGGAGGUUGUGACAAACCAGUUUGCACUCUGAAGUCUUACAAUGCAUGCGGUCCUUGGUGAAGCUGUGCGUUUUGCGUUUCAGGCGUCAAAGUGACACACACAGAAGGAUGGCAGGAUUAUUUAUUGUUAUUGAUCCACUCCUCCUUCUGAAGAGAAUUCUUAUAGGUCCGUUUGUACUGAUACCUGAUGCACAGAUAUGUUUUAUCCGUGUGUUGAUAUAAGUUAUGAAUGUAUUUAAUGUAUGCAGUGUGGCCAAUGCGUCAUCUGUACACCUCGAUAAGGACUAGGCUACAAUACUUGGAUGCUGGUUGAAGAAGUAAUGUAUUCUAACACCCUAUAUAUACUUCUUUGUUUCUUUAGAGCUUUGAAAUACUGAAACAGUCUAAGCUGCUUUGGUCAAAGUCAAUAUUGUAUGUGUAACUUUUAUUUAAUUUUUGGGGGGGGGAAAUGAGAAUGGAAUGAACACAAAGACAAUGACCGGUUUGCAGUCAGAACGGUAAAGACUCGCUUUUGUGGUUUAUUUGUAUUUUCUUCGCAGAUUAGAUUUUUAUGAUAGUCGGUUUUAGGAACACUGCGCAUAUUGUUUAUUUUUAUCAGUCAAGCAAGUCAUGUGUGAUGUGUUGAUCUCAGUUCUGUAAGAUGUUGCCAUGGUUCCUGUGACACUCCUUUACUCACAUACAAACAGAAACACUCUUACUCUCGGUUGUGAGUUAUGAUGUCAGUCUGACUCCUUGUGUUUGAGAGGGAUUUUGUGGCCGGAGUGUGUAACCACAAGUGCGUGUGAUGUGCAGAAGGCUUUAGUCUGGAGCUGAACAGAGAUCACCUAUUUACACCUGGCUGAGAGGCUGUGCGACUGAAUCCUGUGUUUCAAUACAGAAUAAACAGAUUAUUUUAAGAUGA